AUGUGGCUUUUGGAUGGAAUUCUCAAGUGUCCGGAGAAAGUAUGUCCGCUAUAUGUUGAAGAUAUUGAUUACUACGAUAUGUACGUCUCUGCCUGUCAAACCUCACAUCUUCCAAACGAACCGAAUGCGGCCAAAGAUUUCCGGCAAAAACCAACUGAAGUGGCCAGUCGUCAUCCUGAUUACUGCACGGUUAUUUUGCAGCUGAGCGAAAAAUCGGUCAAUUUGAUCGAGGCAUAG